AGCCAAGGAAAGGGUCCCAACAGCGUCGCAGUCUACACCGAACAGCGUCACAGCCUAGUGCUCAAGCGUCGAAGCCAGUCGAAUUCGUCCUUAUCGAUGUGGUUGACACCUUGACUGGCGAGAAAGGCACAGUGCGAGCGGCGCAUGUAGUGAUCGCAGGAGGAGGCUGGACAGGUCCUUUGUUGAAGAGCAUGGGCCAUCGACACGUGAAAACGCAGAUAGGUGUCUUUACUUGCCCAAGUUACGACGUCAAUGUGCAGAAAAGCAAGCCUAGCGCUGGAUCCAAAACAACGCCAGCAAGCAAGAACGCCAAGACCUCUGCUGCAGAGAAUGCUCUACCCCCUCUCUCAGUGGAAAAUAAAUGCCCGCUUUUCGCUAUGCCAGGUGCAAGAAUCUAUGGCUUCCCCAUGGCCGCAAAUCACAACGGACACCAGGUAAAAUUUUCAUUCAUGUUCUUGAUUGCGAUGGUAAUUAUGGUUAUUUUUAUCAAUUAGAAAUUCCUAUUGAUUAUACUCAGGCUUAUGUGGAUCAAGAAUGCCCGUCCGUCCCAACUACGGAUCCUUUCCAGGUAAUGUCCAUUCGACCCAACUACCCAUCGUUUGCUUGCAACGACCCCGAAAAUCACACGCACUCUGAAGAACACAUAGAAGCAGUCGGAUCUUUCCUGAAGGAGCAUAUCAAGCCAUCUGCGAUGGUUUCAACUAAGCCGAUCGCCUCCUACACCUGCCGUUACCCGCAACUGGCCAUAGGUAAUAUAGUUUGUUAAAGAUGCUUGAAACAUGAAAUAUGAAGCCAUAGCCAACUACUGUUUGGUACUAAGUCUACAUGAAAUCUUUCUACUAUCCAUAAGAACACCUUUAUUCUAGUUUCAUAAGAACACCUUUCUACUAUCCUCCAUAAGAACACCUCCUCUAUUCUAGUUUCAAUUUUCCUAAUUUAUUCCUAAUUUCCUAAUUAUAGCCACAACAUGAAUUGUUCCUGAUUUCCUAAGGUCCCGAGGGUAAAUUCGGUGCUGUUUUGGAUUUCGUUCCAGGAUAUGAGAGUCGUGUCGUUUUAGCCUCCGGCUUUGACGGCUACGGUUUCAAAUACGGUUCUUUGUACGGUAAAGAAGUGCUUGACCUGCUGGCUACGCAUACGCGAGUGGCAGGCCUCGAGUGGGAGAAGAAACCUGCUGAGAACGCGAUCUUGAGGGCACUCCACAACGUGAUCGACCUUCUGCUCAAAGCAGCAGGCGGUGACGACGGUGAGGCGGUGACGACGACUGGCGCGGGAGAAGAAGUGCGAACGGCAGAGGAGAUUGCGGAAGUAGAGGCGAUGUAUCAGCGAAAGAAGAAAGAGACAGUCGCCAGUUGCUUCACGGGAUGCCAGCGAUGCUGUCUCGCAGCACUGUUCGUCUGUUUGUUUUUCAGUGCCGCUAGCGCGCGGUACUGGCAGGGGCUAAUGCUCCUCGCACUGAAUGUCGCGUACACGUUUGGCAGCGAGGUCGCUUUUCGCACACCGCAGAACGCAGAGGACUGGAGGCGCGCAGCGCUGAUCUGGGCAGUGCACUACGCAUGGACUUUGGGAGGCCCGUUGUUGACGUACUUCGUCGCAUCUUCUUUGCUUCUAUCAGGCGUCGAUACAGAACUUUCAGGAACGUCAGAUCGACUAUCGGCAGCGCUACUGUUCCUGGCAGUGGUUUUGACGAGUUUAGGAACGUAUGUGCGCUAUCGCAGCAUGGACGAAUGCGACCACUAUGACCGUUCCGCCAGAGGAAUUGCGCUUAGUGACGAUACCUACUCAGAUUUGAAGAGUAAACAAACAACGACAAAGAGCUCUUCAGCCGCAAGGGAUCAGAACAACAGGAAAGAAACUCAAACUUCUUCUAGCACAACUGCCGCUGCAGAUUGCCUAGAUAAGAGAGAAGUCCUUACGAAGACGGGCAUUUACGGUUGCUGCAGGCACCCAGGUUUCGCAGCGCACAUUCUCGACGCUACUAGUUUGGCUCUGCUUCUCGGAAGUUGGUCAUUGGCAGUAUCGGCAGAGGUUGCGUCAGCUGACGUGGGCCAGUUGUCGUUUGGCACUUACUUGAUGCGAACAAGCGUUUUUGCAGUAUUUUUGCCUUGCUUGCACGCGGCGAUUGCAUAUGGAAUUUUCGUGUAUUCAGCAAACGACGAAGAGAAAUCCUUCAUGAGCACAGAGGAAUUCAAAGUGGCGUACGAGGAAUACAGUUAUGAAAAGGACUACUGAGAAUUAUUUGAAUUCAUGCAGCUCUGAUAGUGAUAUUGUCUUGUCAUAGAUAAGUCACUGGGUUUGGAGGUUUUUCUUCUCGAGGUUGGCUUCUUCUUACAACUCCUUAUGUCAUACGAAGUUCAACCUCCACCGCAGUCGUACCUAAAAAGGACUAACAGUAGCUUUGCUUUUCCCACUGACGAGGGAUAUCCUCCUACGCAAAGGGAAACUCUAAUCCUCAAAAGAAGUUCCGAACCAGUUUAACUUCGUGUCCAACCUUGCGGUCCCUAUCUCUGAAGCAGUGGCGCACGUCAGAUGUGGUGGAAGUCAGGGAAUUUCGGAACGGCGCAUCUUCCUGAAGCUUCUAGGCCUCUUUGAGGGAACACGUGUCGACUUCUUGGAUCCUGUGAACGAGCCAGAGCUGAUUGAGAAGGUGCUGGAGGGAAGCAACAAAGGUAAUAUUCAAAGAGUUUGAAGGGGAAUUUGUGAUGUUAGAUAAAACUUUGUGUCCACAAGGCCCACGUGGUGGAGUCAACGCAGUAUUAUUGCUUGUAAUGAAUAAUAAUUUGAUAAUAAUGGCUGAUAGAUUGUGUUUGUGUUUGUGGUCAUGGUACUACUCCGUAUGGUGGCCGUGUUUGUGUUUGUGGUCAUGGUACUAGUUCGUGUUUGUGGUUGUGUUUGUGGUCAUGGUACUACUCCGUAUGGUGGCCGUGUUUGUGUUUGUGGUCAUGGUACUAGUUCGUGUUUGUGUUUGUGGUCAUAAAACUACUCCGUAUGGUGGCCUUACAGGAAGAUAAAUUUCUGUUCGAUGAAAUAAAUUUCUGUUCGAUGAAAUAUGACACCUUUGCAAUCGACAAGUAGGUUACUUCAUCGAGGAGCUGAUCGCGUGUCCCGCAUGGCACCCUGUGCGAAGCGUGGAGUCCGUCUCUUAUCCCGAAGCCAUGAAGAUGAAGGAAAGCUUGGGUAUGGUCUUCGCAAAGGUGCGCAUCUUUGAACGAUUGGAUGCUGUCAUCGAUGAAGUCGUUUCCCGUGACCGAAAGUUGCGCGCAGCCUGUCUACCGAGUCUGCUCAAGUCAGCGAGUGAGGUGACGACCGCUUCUUGCAGCACAAGUUCAUUCACGGAUCAUGACGUGAGUCCCCCAUCAAGUGUAAGCACGGAUUCGAGUAGGAGGCGAAGCUCUGUGGAUUCAGAGGAUACCCCAACACCCACAGCAGCAGCAGGAGAGCCAGCUGCAGCUAUUAAGAGAAACACCAUCUCGCUACUGCUUAGAUUUAGUUUUUUUGAUGUUUUGAGAUUCAUCAUCAUGCUUCUCCGCGUGAUGUCAUCUGUAGUAAGUACUUGCCCACAGAAGGGAGUUUUCCUCUAAUUCAAACGCCAACAAAGACGGAAAGGGCAUAUCAGCAGAGGCGUUGCUAGGACUACUAGGCAAAGAACUGGAGGUCGCAGAGGAAGAUUACAUUGGCUGCCCAGAUGUUACGAGACACAGCUUUGAGGUAUUAAUUUAUCGAUACCAUGCUGGUUUGUAUCCUAAUAGGUGGCUUUAAGACAGAACACGAACAACAGGAACACCGUUGAUUGAAAGUGCUCGUACUAGAUGAUCCAUUGUUUUUCCAAUUUGCACUUCGACUUUGUUCAACUUUGCCGAUCACUUUCGAUCUUGACCCCCACAUACAAACGUCCCCUUUUCUCAGGUCUUUUUCAAGCUUUUAACGGACCGCUUCCCCACUGAAGAAGAGAGUGCCUUGGCCCACAAGGCGGUUGAUGAGUGGAGAAAGAUGAUCGCCAUGAAGGGUUUAGCAGACCAUGAUCUGAAAAUUCGAUUUCUAGACUUCAUGCGAAAUAGCCUGAAAACAUCCCCCUUCUUCCAAAAGACGCCACAAAGACCAGCUGGGGAGAAGGAUAGUAAAAUUGAUUAUAUCAUGUUUUGUUUGUGUGGUCUUGCGAUUGUACCUGAAGCUGAAUCACAUAAUGUUUUACACCUUCAAACACUACUGCUACUAACUUGUCUUGUUGUUUCUUCCUUAUUUCUUUUACAAAUUUCGCACUGAAAACAACAGCACGAAGCGAAACUCAGAAGAUGGCGGACGACUACGUCUUCGACUGGGACAACGUCAAUACCCUUUCCUGCGUCUUGCAGCCCAUGAUUAUCUCACCGAUGAUCAACUUUGCCGAUGUUUUCUCGAGUUUGAAGAAAAUAUUGGAUUCGAACCCACACUGGCGUGAUGAGAUCUGCGCACCUAGUGAAUUCAGCGAGGCCCCACCAGGAACCCCAGGCCCUUCUGCGAAUACAGGUGAGAAUUUGGGCUUGGUCAAGCGAACACGAAGCGAGGAAGUAGCAGAUCGAGUGGUGUUGUUAUGGUGAAAGUAGACCAUGAAGAAUGUUUCACAUCUUGAUCUCCUCUCAUCUAGAUACUAUACAGACUCUAACCUCAGAAGGAAUGCGAUGCGCACACCCUUUCCCGAUUCUAGAACGCAAGCUGAACAAAGACGUAUCAAAGAACGGGCAAGUGCGAUUCACGAAGGGAACUCAGGUCUUCAUCGAGUACGAUCAAUCGUGUGUGGGACAGCCUGCGGAACUACCAUCGGAGGACGAAGCUGAAAAGAACGAGGGAUCGGGUAGUAUGGUUUUCAAUAGAUGAUAUUAAUAUUUUGUAAUUUUUAGUGUAUUUUUGUGAUCCAUUGUGAAACCUGAUCCAAAUCCCCACUGAAAUCCGAAAUCUUCUGAUCCAGUUCCGCAGCGUCAGCGUCCUACUUAGCUAACUACGUAAGUAAGCACAAGAAGGAAGAACGACCAAGACAGAACAAGAACAACACAACAAGCACGACCCAAGACGUAACAAGGACUGCAUGAUAUCCAUUCUCUUUCCUCAUGCAGGUUUGGUAUAUGUUACCUCGGUGACAUCACGUAAGACAUACUGGGAGGGUCUAAGAUAGACUCAAGCUUAGGCCGGCUUAGUAUGGUCUAUUACAAUUUUUUUUUAACAGAGAAUGAGGAAGAUUAGUGUUGUCUUUUUCUUUCCCACUGUCAUCUCAUCUCAACAUAAAAUUGAUAAUCAACGACAAUUACAUAGAAGCACGCUAAUCAAUUCAACAUCUCCAGUGAACUCCUCAGGUUCCUCAGGAGCCGCUGGUUGUCCGUUCCUUUCUGGCGGAGGUUCGGCUUUAGGUGUUUGCCCCGUCACCGGCAUGCAGUCGCCUUUAGCGGCAACCCGAUUCGACCCCAACCGGUGGCAUGACGAGGGAAAGUGCCCUUUUCUUAAGGCUUCCGCAAAUUCAUCUUCAGAGGCAUCUUCGACACGUUUUCAAGGGGGAAGAAAAAGGUCAGAGAUGCAGCUGCUCUCCAAGAUGAGUACAGAGAAGCUCUAACUUUCGCGCAGUACCUUUCGGUAGCGGAGUGCGCCGUUGCUUUGGUCAGAAAGUCGCCAGAGUGAUCCUCCGAAAGCUGUUGGUGGCCUACGCUCACAACUGGGAUCGAUUCGAUCCAAGCAGAGGACACUCGUACCUGUUAUAGAUUUAGGAUUUCGACUUGUUUUUGCUUUUUUUCUUUCAUUAUAGAAGUACUUCAUUGUUAUAGUUGAAAGACUGACAGAGACACGUCUUCUUCAUCAGUGCCAUCAAAUAAUUAGCACCAAAUAGGAUGAAAAUGAUCACCCGUGAUUGAAUUAUAACCCCCACAGGCAUUCGGGUCGCAAUAACGAUAGCGAUCCAGGAGACACGCUGUACGUUGCCAAAAACCUCCUACGUUGUUUAGGAGACGGUCUUGCCUACCGACUUGGCGGUGGGCAAUAA